AUGUCCGGCAACGACGUUGAGAGGCUUCUCAGAGAAGAGCACAUCCGACCAGAAGAUUUGCUCACAGAUGGACCGAAUAACCGUUUGAAUCUGACGAUAGACACAGAAGAGACAACAAUCGGAAAGACGAAAGGAGAGAAGAAGGCGGAAGCGAAGAUUUCAAAUAUUGUCCAUAUUCAGAGAACUAUGGUUAUUACUAAUCACGAAGAAGUCAUCAAAGUCUUUCUUCCGAUCAUUGCAUUCAGUGCAUCACUACUUCUUUUAUGCCAAUCACUUAUCGUCAUCGGAAUAUUUCUCAGCCCACUACCAUCAAAUACUAAGAAAUAA